AGUUGGGUAGUCUAACUUAUUUUUUUUGCUUAUAAGCUGUUUUCAGCUUAUAAGCUGCUUUAGAUAAGCUAAGUCAAAUGGGCCCAAUUAUUUUUUUGAGCUUAUUUUAAGCACAAAAUGACUUUAAGCUGGCCAGUCAAACACUCAAAAAAACUGAAAACAGCUUAUAAGCAACUUAUAAGCCAAUCCAAACGGGCUCUAAGAAUAAAAUAUAAAGCUUAAAUUAUUUCUAAAUUUAGAAAAGAAUUAUUUUUUAAAAAAGGACUAAAAAAGAGAUAGGGUCACUUAAAUUGGAUUGGAAGGAGUAUCAUUAGUACUAUAUUUCUUAUCCAAAUUGAAAUAUAGAAUAAUAACUUGCUGUAGUCUAUAAACUUAAAUUUGUAAAAAAAAAAUAAAAAAAUUACACUGCCCAUGUAUAUAAAUAACUCACCGACAAAAUAAUAUGAAUGAUUGAAAGUCUUUCCAAGUACUCCUUUCUGUUAUAAAUAUACAUGUUAUUGUAGCGUUACAUGACAAGUCUAACCCAAAGAAGUUCCUUAUAAAUGUCAACAAGUGAGAGUUCCACCGAGCUUCUCCAAGCUCAAGCUCAAAUAUGGAACUAUAUUUUCAGCUUCAUAAGUUCUUCAGCAGUAAGAUGUGCAGUUCAGUUAGACAUUCCUGAUGUACUUUACAAACAUGGCAAGCCCAUGCAUAUAUCCGAUCUCUCAACUGAGCUUUCCAAAGUUAAUCCUUCUAAGGUUUCCUUCUUGCCAAUUUUAAUGCGAUUUUUGGUUCAUUUUGGUUUUCUAAAUCAACAAGAAGAUCGGUAUUCUCUUGCCCCAGCUAGUCGCCUUCUUGCAAAAAAUCAUGAGUCUUUCAAUUUGAGGUCACUCUUGCUUGUCAUCCAUGAUCCAAUCAUUCAUAAACCAUGGUUUGAGUUAAGUAAUUGGUUCCAAAAUGAUCUCCCUACUACUUUCCAUACUGUUUAUGGGAAACCUAUGUGGGAAUUAUUUUUGGAAGAACCAAGAUUAUGUGAUACUUUUAGUGAUGCAAUGGCUAAUGAUUCAAGAUUGAUUGCUAAUGUGCUUAUCACAGAGUGUAAACAUAUUUUUGAGAACCUGACAUCGUUGGUGGAUGUUGGAGGUGGCAUAGGCACUGUUCUUGAUCUUCCUCAUGUUAUACGUGACCUAAAGGGAAGCGGGAACUUGGAGUUUGUUGGAGGAAGUAUGUUUGAAAAGAUUCCUAAUGCUAAUGCAAUCUUACUCGAGUGGAUUAUGCAUGAUUGGAGCGACGAAGAUUGUGUGAAGAUACUGAAGAAAUGCAAAGAGUCAACUCCAGGUAGAGAUAAAGGAGGAAAAUUGAUAAUCAUUGACACAGUGCUGGAAAGUCCCAAGCACGACACUGAAUUAGUUCGAGCACAAUAUAAUAUGGACAUGAUGAUGCUGGUCUGUUUGGCCGGGAAAGAGAGAACUAAGAAGGAAUGGGGAAAGCUCUUCAAUGAAGCUGGUUUCAAUGAAUGCAGAAUAACAUCCAUUUUGGGGUCAAGGUGUCUCAUUGAAGUAUACCCUUGAAAAAAUCUUGGCUUGAAACACAGUGAAUCUUCUUUUUAUUUUGUAUGCUCUAGUGAAUAGACUUGAGAACUUUUGAAGUCUAUUAUGUCCCUAGCUUGAUGUAAUUGGUAUUUACUCGAAAAUUCCUGCCUUUUUCUGUAA